ACUCCGAUGUGGUUGGAUGGUUCCGCGUUUUUUUGCGAAUUGUGUUUUAUGCUAUAUGUGGUGUUGUUUGUGUACUCUCUUUUUAGUUGCCUAAAUUAGUGUCGAAAACAGUGUAUAUUAAUAACGUGUACAGUUUGGACUACUUCAACCGAAGCUGAGAGGUGAACAAAAUUAAAUCUUCGCACCUGUUUCACUUACGGUAGCAAUUCGUCAUCUAAACUCACUUACACGAACGAAGUCACAAGGAGGAGGAUGACGAGAGACCGGUGAACCCCGUUGUGGCGUCGCGACGAUUUCAUGCUGUCAACCGAGAUAAAAUCCGAAAACUUGCAGAGGCAACACGGUGAAUCAUGUCGCAAUCGAGACGUCCCAGCAUUUCCAUCCACGAUUAUCCGGAACAUUUGAAUCCGUUCAGCGAUGACUUCACCAAUACACAGUCUCACUUUUACCGGGAUGGCAAGACAAAGGAUUCCAAGUACAAAUUCUGGACCUUUGGCAGAAGCAGGAAGAAGAGAUCCAAUAGCUUCUCCAUCAAGUCCACGUGGAACGGGUUGUUCGGGAAACGGAAAGAGGACAAGUCGGAAACUCAAGAAAAGAGAUCUACGAUCACCACAGUGUCAUCAACCUACAAAAGAGAACCUUAUGUCACAUCGAUGCCACCGCCACGUAUGACGAAAGAUCAGCAAGAGUUUGAUGAAGCUCUUGGGACUUUGGUCAGAAGAAGAAAAUAUACGCUAGAUAAUUCUGCAUCGAGAUAUAGUUCGAGUUUGACUGUUAACGGUGAUCCUGCAAGGCUCUAUGAUGGCAGUCCGCAGAAUACUACCACGUCCAUUAUGGGUGAUCUUACUCCGAAACCACCAGCACGAAGAUUUGGUCAAAUGAGUCCAAAGCCAACAGAUAAGAUACCACCGUUGGAUUUUGAAAAUGAAAGUCCAAAUGAGAAUGAAAGUGUAACUCUUCGAGAAAAAACGCAGGAAAGAACGCCUGUACCUCCUUUACGAAGAUUUGGUAACAGAUCGUCGCAAAGGGUGAUCGCAAAUACUCUGGAUUCAGAGGAAGAAGCGAGUCGUUCAGGCGAUGUGAUGAUAUGCGACGAAAAUGAGAAUGUACCCGGGGAUUACGUAUUUAAAAGGUAUUCUCAGGAUGCUGUAAGAAAAUCAAAUCUCUCGAUAAAUAGCUGUGUUUCUGUCGGAAGCACGAUGAGUUCGUAUGGUCGUAAAAAGCGAAGAGCACCGCAGCCACCGCGACGCCCAGAAAAUGUGGAAACGAACGAAAAAGCUCCCGAUGGAUCUAAUAUAGAACUUCAGAUAGUGGAACCAAGUGACAUAGUAAGGGUUACCGAGAACAUAGAUGAUUUAACGAAGAAGAGUAAGGAUAUAGACCAAGAAGUUAGCGAAAUAAAAGAAAAGUCCGUGGCUUUAGAUUCGGAUGAUACACGAUUAUCUGAAGAAGCCAUAGCAGAAGACGAUUUAACAAACGCUGUAGAGACUAAUGUAGAUAUUAAUAUAAACAUGCCAGAAAAAGAGGAAAUUUGCAAUAAAAAGGAAUCCGUAGAAAUAGAGCAAAUAGAAUCAAAAAUGUUGGUAAUGGAGGACCAAAAGAAUACAGAAAAAGACUCUGAAGAACCUGUUAAGAAAAACGAAAAAGAUAUUCAAAUCGAAUAUCGCAGAACUUCUCAGGAAAAUAUAGAAAUAAUUAAAGAUGUUGAUCAAGUGAAUUCGUUGUCAGACUUAGAUGAUGUUUGCCUUCGAAGAAAUGGUUCCUCGGGUACGUUGUCCAGAAGUAAUAGUUUCUCCGUAAAAGAUGAGAUCGAAAAGAUUGAGAGGCAAAUUAAAGCUUUAGAAACAAAAAAUGCUUCUAAGGACUCAUUUGAAGAGAAGAACGCGAAUAAUUUGCAGGAAAAUGCAAGACAUUCGAUACAGGAAAACCGCAGACAUUUCUUCCAAAAUAUGGUAGAAAAUGAAAAUAAUAAAGCAAUUAAAAUAGAGUUUAAGGAAUUUCCGAGGGAACAGAAGGACAUUCAUCUAGUGAGAUUAAAUGACUCACCCGUUCCUACAAUAGCAUCUAGAGAGCCAGUGAAAGUGGUUGAACUUCACAUUUCCGAGCCAAUAAGACGAAAGCCAGAGAUUCUUGAAGAUGUGAAUCCAAUCCCGAAACCUAGGAGGCACAGUGCUUUGAAUCUGAAUGAUUCUCAAUUUGACGUGGCUCAAAACGAAGUUAGAAGGAGCCUUGAAUCGACCAGGGGACAGUCAUUUUAAAUCUCUAAUAUUUAGUGAUAAAUUCUUGUAGCAAAUUGUGCAAUUGUUUCAAUUAAAUGUUUGUUUCUAAAUUAAACGAAAUUUUAGUCGAGAUAUGUCUUUAAAGACUGUCUAAAUAUCAUGUAUAUGUACCUUUAUUUAAUGCUUAAAAUUCUCUUUCAAUGUUUGAGGUAUCAUUAAGUGCAUAAUCGUAGCUUUAAAGUUGAUUUCUAC